AUGGAUGAAUUAAUGACAGGUACAAGACGAAACAAUAAAAAAAAUCAUAGUAGUCAUUCAAAUUCAAGAGAAUCUCAAACACUUGAUUUAUUAGAAAGAUUUCGUGUAAAAGUUCAUACUGCUAACGAUGAACAAACUAGUGAACCUUUAAAUGUAACACAAUCAGAACAAAUAGCUGACAAAGUUCAAACACCAUUUUUAAAACAUACUUUUGUAUCUCAAGAAUUAUUAGAUAAUGUUCAAGAUAUUUAUACAAAUGCUGAAUUAUUAACUGUUUAUGAUCCAAGAAAUCCAAUGACUAAACGACGACGACAUGAAAAUAGUAUAUUACUUCAUCAAAAAAAAACAUAA